UCCGUUGUUGCACUUCCAGGUGGAAGGUCCGGUCUGAAAAGCAACCGGGACACGCAAGGAACCGGGCGGUUGUUUCUGGACCGGGGCUCGGAUGUGCCGUUAGCCCGGGGCUGGUUCGGUUCGGUUCGGUUCGGUUCGGGCCGGUGAAACAUGGUGAAGUGCGCCGUCUCUGGGUGUCCGAACCGAGCGGCGGCGAACGUUGACCGGGGGAUCUUCAACCGACCACCGCGGAGGUUCUUCAGCUUUCCCAAAGAUCCGGCGCGGGUCAAGGUGUGGCUGGCAGCGCUGAGGGAGACGGGCAAGCAGGACUCGACAGGGGAGCGUCUAAUCUGUGAAGACCACUUCCUGCCAGAGGACAUCUCCUCCGGUGGCGUCAGCACUGAUGCCAUCCCCAUCAUGCCCCCGUGCCUGGACGGGCACCUGGGCAUGAGCGGCCCCUGGGGAGCCGAGUCGUCUGAGGAAGAGGACCAGUGGGCCACGGAAGGCGGCGGCGAUGGCGACGACGAUGACGAUGAUGUUGCUGCUGUGGAGCCUCCUGAUGUGGACCCACGACAGAAGGACCCGGUUGGCAAGACGACUUCAGGGGCUGACGCAACAAGCGUCAGCCUGCAGCAGACGAACGCGACCAUCCAGGCCAGGAGGCCCGCCAAACAGGACUGGUCCCUGCGGAUACUGACGCAGCAUUUCCUGGAGCUGCUGCUGAAGGCUCCGGACGGCUUGCUGGACCUCAGGCAGGUGACCGCGAGCCUGCAUACCUGCCGGCAGCGAGUCUACGACGUCACCAGCAUCCUGUACGGCAUCAACCUCAUCGAGAAGCAGUCGCCCAACAAGGUCAAGUGGAUAGGAAGGUUUCCGAUCAGCAGCUUUCUGUUAAAGAACCAGGAGAAGUUCCAGAGAGAGCUGGAGAACCUGAAGCUGGUGGAGGACACGCUGGACACCCUCAUCAAAAGCUGCGCCCAGCAGCUCUUCGACAUGACCGACGACAUGGAGAACUCCGCGAUGGCCUACGUGACCCACAAGGACAUCAGCCGGCUCAAAGCCUUCCAGGAGCAGGCGGUGAUUGUGGUCAAGGCCCCGGAGGGAACCAGACUGGAGGUUCCUGCACCCAAAGAGGACAGAAUCCAGGCUCACCUGAAGGGGGGGGUGGGUCCCAUCCUGGUGGUCACCUGUGACAUCGGGACAGGAGACGACGUCACCGGAGAGCAGAGCGGCUGCUUCGUAACGCUGGAGGAAAGCCGGAUAAAGACGGCCUCACUGCACACAGAGUCCCCGAGUCCAGAGGGUGCUGUGCAGAGCGCCCCCAGCUGACCACUAGGAGAAGCCAGUUGUCCUCAGGGUUCAGCCAAGCCCGGGCACAUUACAGAAGCCUGAACGUGGUGUCUGCAGGUACCAGUAGGGCUGGAAGUCGUGCCCUUCUGGUAAAAGACGGUUCAGGCUGGAACAUAGCAGAGAAUCUGUUGAGCUCACAUGUGGUUCGAAACAACAUUCGGCUGAACCACACACCAGAAUCGUAAAAUCCAAACUGUUGAUGGAGAAAAAGACGUUUUGAAAUGGAAAUCAACAAGAAGAACACUAUGGAUCAGUUUUCAUUUGCACCUUCAAGUUUUGUUGUUUGUUUUUUUUAAUAUAACACUCCUCAGGGUGUCUGUCUCGUUCUCAGUUGGUCUGCUGAGCCUCUCCAGAGAAGAAAUCAUGUGAAUGAUGAAGGCGAAGAUAACGACGGUUUGACCGGGACGUUUGGACUUUGAUUUUUGUUGUAUGAGACGACAGAGGAGAGUAAACUGCUGAGCCUCCUCUACAGAAAGCUGCAGUGUUUCUAGAGGCUGUGUAUACACAUUACAGUCAUGUACUUCCAUUUGCUGUGUAAUAUUUUACUAUGUUUGACUUUUCUUUGUGUUUUGGAGAUAAAACUUUUUCAUCCUGGUUUGAAAACUCUGUUAUAUAGAAAACACACCUCAAAGAUGCUGUAACCAAUGAAAAAUGACUGGUUUGGCCCUCCAGGACCCAGACCUCCUCAUCCCGAACCUUACACAUCGCUGAAGUUCCCUUGAACCAGACACUGAAGCGCCCACCUGAUCGUAGGUCUGGGAUGACUGAGCCCUGGCCUCUGACCUUUGACCUCUCUGUGACUGACCCUGCUUUCACACAUCUCAUAAAGUCUCUUUAAGUACGUCAGACAGAAAAACACAAAGGAUCAAGAUGCCCUGAUCCCUUUACAACACCACCACCCAGUGGACAGACUGCAUCUCUGCAUCAGCUCCGCAGAGGGGGAGAAUCCGUUUCUCUAAGAAGUGACACAGGCACAGCAGGAGGUAGACUGAUAGGUCCAAAAAACAGACCCCUCAGAAAAGUACCAACACACGGUGAACUUAACCCGCGUUUUCUGAAACCGCUUCGGAGCAGUAUUCAGAGCUUAGUGUAAAUCUGGCACAGUACACUGCACCACGCCGGCUGUUGGUGGUGAUGUGCCCGUAAGCUGGUUUUAUCAUCGACAGUAACCAACAGACGUGAAGACGUUUGGGACACGCUGGACUCAACCUGGGGAUGGUUACGACACGGUAGAACCUGCACAGAUGGUUCUCGAUAACGGGAACAAGAUUUGGGGUUUCCACUUGAAAAGUCAAAAGAGGGCACUCACAUUUUUAAAAUCCAGCUCCCUAGACGGCUUCCAUUGGUGCUGAGAACGCCCCCCCCAGUCUCGCAACAGCACUGCUUUCCAAACACCAAUCGGAGUCAACCAAGUUAUGAGGUGAUGUAAAGAAACCCACUUGUUUCAACACUGGAAAGAAGAAACUAAAAGCCAAAGUGGAUUCGAACUUUCUCUGUCCCUAAACGGAGAAUGAUGAAUAGGCAGAGUAUCUCUUCAACCGUCAGAGAGAGAAAGCAGAGGCAGAUCCUAACCAAGUACAGGCUCAGUGACCACAAACUGGCAGUCGAGCAAGGAAGACACACACGAGGAAAAAAAAAAUCACGGCAGCCGAAAGAAGACAGAACAUGUCGUCACUAUUCGACAGGUGCGGUUGAGACAGAGAUGCGCUUCCUCCCGAAAUGUAAGUCAUUCAGUAAAAUAAGGAACAUUUCCUUUAACCGAUUCAAUUCUGUGACUCCAAAUUUAAAUGAAUCAAAUGGCAUCUCAAAAUUAAAAAUACUCCCAGGAGAAGGAGCAUAUCUCGCUGCCCAGGAUAUAUCAACACGCCACCAC